AACCUGCUUUGUACUUUGGUAACACUGAAUAUGGAGUGGAUGAAGGCGCUGGUUACGUGGAGAUUCGUGUCUGGAGGACUGGAACAGAUCUGUCCAAAGCAGCUUCUGUCACGGUGCGUUCCAGAAAAACAGAACCAGUGUCAGCAGAGGCUGGAGUUGAUUAUGUGGGCAUCAGCCGUAACCUGGAUUUUACACCGGGAGUCAACAUGCAAGUGUUUCGAGUGAUCAUUCUUGAUGAUUUGGGCCAGCCGAUUCUGGAAGGGCCAGAGAAGUUUGAACUAGUCCUCUGCAUGCCCGCGAAUGCAGUGCUUGGGGAACCUAGCAAAACUACUGUCUUUAUCAAUGACACCGUCACUGACUUACCGAAAGUCCAGUUCAAAGAACCAAUGUACGUGGCAAAUGAAAAAGAUGAACAGCUGGUGGCCUUCAUUUAUCGAAGCGGUGACAUUAACCAUAAAUCCACAGUGCGUUGCUAUACUCGCCAGGGUUCUGCCCAAGUUAUGAUGGACUACAAGGAGAGGCCAAAUACAGAUGAUUCUGCAGUGGUGUUUCUCCCAGGAGAAACUGAGAAGCCCUGUGUCGUAACUCUGGAGGAUGAUGUAAUUUAUGAGGAGGAGGAGGAAUUCAGAUUGGUGCUUGGAACACCAAAAAGUGAUUCCACAUUUGGUGCUUCCAUUGGGGAUCAGAAAGAGACCGUGGUCAAGAUUAAGGAUGAAGACGACAAACCAGUGAUUAAAUUCUCUAAAAUAAAACACAGCAUUCAGGAGCCUCAGGAACCUGGAGAAAUUGCACUAGUAAGAAUCCACGUUCUACGCCUUGGUGAUAGCUCCAAAGUGUCUAUUGUCAGAGUGCACACUAAGGAUGGCUCAGCCACCUCAGGGGAAGACUACAAUCCAAUGUCAGAAGAUAUUGAAUUCAGAGAAGCAGAAACUGAGCAUUUUGUUGAAGUAGAGAUUCUAUAUGAUGGCAUAAGAGAAAUGAGAGAAGCAUUUACUGUCCACCUGAAAGCUGAUGAGAACAUGGUAGCAGAGACACAGAUGAGUAAAGCCAUUGUGUACAUUGAAGAAAUGGACAGUGUUGCAGAUGUGACGUUUCCAGCUGUGCCCCAGGUUGUCUCCCUUCUGAUGUAUGACAAUACUGCUAGAAGCAAAGAGAAUCCACACCCUCCAACUGGCUAUCCUGUUGUCUGUGUAACGGCAUGCAAUCCCAAGUAUUCAGACUACGACAAAACCGGAUCCAUCUGCGCCACGGAAAACAUCAAUGAUACUCUGACCCUGUACCGCUGGCUUGUCAGUGCUCCAAGUGGGAGUGAUGGUGUCACCAGCCCCAUGAGGGAAGUGGACUCCAACACUUUUUUUACCAGCAGCAAAUCCAUCUCCCUGGACUCUAUAUACUUCCAGGCAGGCUCCAGGCUUCAGUGUGCAGCUCGAGCUGUGAAUGCCAAUGGUGCUGCAGGUCUGGAGCUGCUAAGUCCAAUUUACACAGUCAACAGAGAGGAAGGUCUUUGCCAACCUCGCAUCCCAGGAACAGUAGGAGCGGAACCUUUCUCCGCUAAAAUUCGCUACACGGGUCCAGACGAUCCUGACCAUCGCAAUCUGAUCCGACUAACAGUCACAAUGCCCCAUAUGGAUGGAAUGCUGCCCGUUAUCUCCACACGCCCCUUAUCCAACUUUGAGCUAACGCUUAGCCCAGAUGGCACUCGUGUGGGGCACCAUAAGUGCUCCAACCUACUGGACUACAAUGAGAUCCAGACCAAACAUGGGUUUAUUACGGAGGAAACGAAGAACCCCAAAGUGAUCGGAGAAACGUCACCUUACCAGUACAGCAGUGCUCUGCGGUCUGCCAAAACCUUGCGUUUCUACCAGAACCUCAACCUUGAGGCUUGCCUUUGGGAGUUCAACAGUUACUACGAUAUGUCUGAGCUGCUGACGGACUGCAGCGGCUCCAUUGGCACAGAUGGGCAGGUCUUAAAUCUGGUGCAGUCGUAUGUAACCCUGCGGGUGCCUCUCUAUGUCUCCUAUGUCUUCCACUCCCCUGCUGGCAUUGGUGGCUGGCAACAUUUUGAUUUGCAGUCUGAACUGAGACUCACCUUUGUGUACGACACAGCUAUCCUCUGGAAAGAUGGGAUAGGCAGCCCUCCUGAAUCUGAGCUCCAAGGCUCCCUCUAUCCCAUGAGUAUGCGGAUCAAUGACGAAGGGCAACUAGUGGUGAACUUCCGAACAGAGAUUCGUUUCUGGGGCCGGCUGGUGAUGUCCCACCCAGGAACACCUCUGGCAUCAAUGGUGAUGUCUGCUGACCACCCUGGCCUCACGUUUACACUCAGUCUGUUACGAAGCGAGCCGACCUUCCACCAGCCUGUGCAGCAGUGGAGUUUUAUCUCCGACUUUGCUGUACGAGAUUACUCAGGUACUUACACUGUGAAAUUCAUCCCUUGCACUGCUGCGCCGGGUCAGCAAUACGCCCUUCCCGUCAUCUGCAACCCACGGGACCCAAUUGCGUUUGAUAUGGACAUCAGGUUCCAACAGGUCAGUGACCCAGUGGCAGCAGAGUUCAGUCUAAAUACUCAAAUGUUUCUGCUGUCCAAAAAGGAGCUUUGGAUAUCUGAUGGAUCAAUGGGAUUUGGAGAAGGAGCUGAUGUAGCCUUUACCAAAGGAUCUGAAAUCUAUGGCCGAGUGAUGGUGGAUCCAGUGCAGAAUCUUGGUGACUCCUUCAGCUGCAACAUCGAGAAGGUGUUCCUUUGCACCGGUGCCGAUGGGUACGUGCCCAAGUACAGCCCGGACAAUCAGGAAUACGGAUGCCUGGCUGACUCGCCGUCCCUCUUGUACAGAUUCAAGAUCCUGGAUAAAGCUCAACCUGAGACACAAGCAAGAGCCUUUGGGAACCUGGAGUUUCAUGCUACAUUAGCAGCUGAUCAUGCAGAUGCUUUUCCUCUAGUAAACCAGCCUGGUUCUGAUGGUUUCAGCUUGUCAUCUGCUCCACUGUUCCAGGUGGCAGCUGGCCGAGAAUGGUACAUUCACACUAUUUACACGGUCCGAUCGAAGGAAAAUGCACACAGGCACAAUGGCAAAAGAAGUCUUGACUACCACCACGGGUUGUCCUCUGCUAAAGGAAGAGUUAGCACCACAGCCUUUAAACGCAGCAGAAGAGCCAACCCAGACGCCCCCGUCUUCAUGCGAGACAUUGGAGCAAAUAAAAACAGGGGCACGAAUAUUCAGCAUAUUGCACUUGACCGUUCUGACAAAGCUGUCGUCAUCCAGAAGGACGUGGUCCCAGCUGGCGCGCCGCAUCACAGGCCAGUUCUGGAAAUCACAAGCAGGGACUCUGGAAGCGGUACUGUACCCGUUACCGGAGGCGUGACAGGACUGCUGUUCCUGAUCUGCACUGCGGUCGUAACUCUGUUUUUGUUGAAGCAGAGGAAACAGCCCUGUGCUGGGAAAAGCAAAGUGCCCAUCAGCCUCUCCAGCAGCAGUGACGCUGUGACCACCCGACACGGCAGCAGCGACAGUUCGGAAGUCUAG